AUGCAAUGGCGUCGUGAUGUAUGGUCCCCCAGGGAACUGAAAAAACGCUUCUUGCAAAGGCCGUUGCACAUGAAUGCAGAACGACUUUUUGUCAAUGUUCCUGCUGUAACACUGGCGUCAAAGUAUUGUGGUGACGCGGAAAAAAUGGUGCGAGAACUUUUUAUAUGGCGCGCUACUAUGAGCCAUCCAUUAUUUUUAUGGAUGAAAUUGACGCCAUUGCGUCGACUCGAGGUGCUGCAACUAAACAUAAAGCAAGCCGGAGGUUUUUACAGUGCAUGA